CAUAAGUUAAUAACAUUAUCUGCAUAUCAUCCAAGUAAAAAACAUCAUCCUCCUCCAUUUCCCCUCUUGCCUCUCUUUGGACCGGGCCUACUAACCGCCGUCGACCGCCGUCGACCGCCGUCAACCUCCUCUAAAACUUUGUUUUACCAAAGUCCAAAGAUACUUCUGAAGCUUAUGAACUGCACAAUGAUUCAAGCUUCUAAUAUACUGGAAUUGUGGAGGCUUCCUUCAAACAAAUUGUUAUUUAGAAACUCCAAAUUUGUUAAAGCACCAUGUCUUCGACAAGUACCGCCUCGAGUUUUUGAACCUAUUUUGUGUUUCUGCAAAGAGAUUCAGACCACUACUACUGAAAAAAUUGUUGGGGCAAGCUACAUACCGGAUACAAAUUUAAGAAGGGAAAACAAAUUGCAGGACAAUGAAGCUGUGAAAAUUGAAAGUGUUGGUGCUUUCCAAAAGUUACCCAUGGUGAUGCCGUCUAUUGAUAUAAUCCAGUCAGCUUUGCGGAAAGCAAAGAAGGUUUCACCCACAAAGGGCAUCGCCAAUGCUGCAAAGCGAGAAAGAAACAAGGGUGCUAAGCAACUUGAUGCAUUAAUGAAGGAAUUGGCUGCUCCCCUUAGAUUGUAUACAGAGUGCUUCCCAAACAAAAAUUUACUACAUCCUUAUGAACGGUCCCUUAUCGAGUUGACUCUUGGAGAUGGGAAUUACGAAGAGGUUUUAGAGAGGGUAAACAACCUGCGGAAGAAAGUUACAUCGGUUGGCAAGGAGAAUGCUUCUCUUUGUGCCAAGUCAAUGACGAAGAAAGAGGCAGAAGAACGAUUGAAUGAGGGUAUGAAAAGACUAGAAGAUACUUUCAAUCGUGAAAGACAAGCCAUUGAUGAUUUACUGGAUAUUGCUAAGAUUUUACGAGCUAUGCCCGUGGUCGAUUUGGAAACUCCAACAUUGUCUCUUGUUGGAGCCCCUAAUGUUGGGAAAUCAUCUUUAGUUCGAAUUCUUUCAACAGGAAAGCCUGAGAUUUGUAAUUAUCCAUUUACAACCAGGGGAAUUUUAAUGGGUCAUAUUGCUGUGAAUUAUCAGCGAUUUCAGGUAACGGAUACUCCUGGGGUACUAAGGCGAUCAGAUGAUGAGAGGAACAAUUUGGAAAAGCUAACUCUAGCAGUCCUCACUCACUUACCAACAGCCGUACUUUAUGUGCAUGACCUAACGGGAGAAUGUGGAACUUCAGUGUCUGACCAGUUCACAACAUACACUGAAAUAAGACGGAGGUUCAGCAAUCAUCUUUGGCUUGAUGUUGUUUCCAAAUGUGAUCUGUUGCAUAAGUCUCCUUCUGCAUUCAUAACCGAAGACAUGGCUACCGAUCAUCACGAUUUGUCAAGAUAUAGAAUAUAUGGGCCUGAAGGAGCCAUCAGCGUAUCUGUAAAAAGUGGACUUGGUCUUGAUGAGCUAAAGCAAAAGGUUCAUACGUUGCUUCUCUCCCAGUCGACAAAAAUCAAAAGCCAGACACUAGAUCCGGAAUGUGCUGCAAUUCCUUCAUGAAAGUAUUAAUAUGAAUACUUGAAGAUAUUUUAGUACGAGUCUGGUGAAGAUUGAAGAUAUCUACCCUUUUCGGUAAGUAUGUAGUCUUACAAGUUACAACGUUUCAUUGGCAAUAUGAUAUCGAUGGAGGAAAUUUUGUCGAUGGGGCUGUUGAAACUAGAACUAUUUUCCUCCCGUCUUGCCCAUGAUGUGGUUGGUUCAAAAUUUCGACACUUUCGAAAAUGAUGGAAAGCUUGUAAUUGUUCUACUAUCUCCGUUCGAAAAUGUAUCCAUUCGUAUGAUUUUUGUAUCAAAGGGAAACAUAUCUUUUGAAGGAAGGGAGCAUGAAGAGAGUAUUGAUAUAUACAACUAAUGGAUUGAUUGAUAUUUGAUACUA